AUGGCUCGACACGAAAAACGGAUCGGCUCCCGAACGAUUGGAUUUGCCACAGAGACAAGGGGGAAUGUGGCUGAAGUACCCAUAAAGCCGGCCCUUGCAGCCCAGCAACCACACCGAUUGGGCAAGCGCAUAAACACCACCAACACAAUAGGCAGGAAGGACCCUUUGACCAGCACCUUACCGAUAUCCCAAAACAACAACCUGCACCGCAUCUCUUGCUUAACCUGCAACCUUUGCGAUCCCAGGUUGAUCUUCAGCCCCAACAUUACAUUUUCCCACCGACCGGACCCCUACAUCCACCACAUAAGUCCGCCGACGUCAGCAGGAUCCCAAACGAAACGACGACAGUAUUAA